AUGGCGGCUACUAUUUUAUUGUGUUUCAAAACAGAUUUGAACAAUGAUAUACAAGCAACAAAUAUUGCAUGCUCAUCACAAUAUUUAUAUUUGAUUGACACGAACGGAUCUAUUUUAAAAAUCUCUGAAGAUUUACAUGAACGUGAAGAAAUCAUAUUUAAAAGUGAUGAUGAAAUUAAAGCUUGUAAACAUAUAAAAAUUAAACACAUGAAUGUCAACGAUUAUGGUUGCUUAUUUGUAACAGAAAAUGGUGAAUUAUGGGCAUUAGGAUCAAUGCCAGAAUUGGGUAUACAUGCCAUACAUCAACCAAAACGUGUUACAUUUUUUAAUGAACAUUUUGUACAUAAUGCUGUUAUUGGUCAUAAUUUUGGUGCAGCUUUAGUUUGUAAAUAUACCGAUUAUAUACAAGAUGAUACAAUUAGUACAGAAUGUAAUAGUAGUAGUAGUGAAAAUGUAUUUUUACAAUCUACAACUUCGUGUCCAAAAUGUGUAUCAUCGUCAACAUGUUCAUCGUUAAUAUCGUUACAAUCCAGUGAACAUAAAACAAAUGAAAUUCAUGAUGUUUCAACUUCGUCAUCAAGUAAUCCUGAUAAAAGCAUUGAUUCUUCAAUAGAUGAUGAUAUAAUUCAUGAUGAAUCUGAUUCAAUUCAACAAAUUAAUUUACCAAAAUUGAUCAAUUUCCCUGAAAAUGUUGAUGAAACAGAAAAAAAUGAUGAAAAUUAUAUAAAAAGUAGUAUCAUAUUACGUAAUACAGAAGCAGCUAAGGAAUUUUUAACACGGCAGCUGUCAUGGAUGUCAGAUGUGGGCGAAGAAUAUUUAGUUGAAUGUACAGAGGUUUUACCAGCACGUAUUAUCAAACAAAAUGUUAGUAAUGUAGCUAAUUUAGUAUACGAAAGUGUAAAAACUGUAGGGGAUAAAGUUGUAACAUUAUCAAGACAUGUGAGCACAGCUUCGGGUGGUAAUGGUGAUGGUCUUCACCGUAGUGUUCAUGAGAAAUGUGAUGCAAAUUUAAUACCAAAUAAUAAAAAAUUCAGAAAUAAUAAAACAUUAAAAAUGAUUAUAAAACAAGGUGUGAUAUUAAUAAACACUGAAGUAUGGACUUGGGGUGAUAUUGAAUAUGGACAACUUGGUGUUGGUGAUAUAAUAAAACGUAACACUCCAAUAUCGAUAACAAAUUUAACAAAUUUAGGUGUUAAAAAUUUAUAUUGUGGACAAUAUCAUUGUACAGCGCUAACAUUAGAUGGAUGUGCAUAUACAUGGGGACGAAAUAAUUACCAUCAAGUACUUAUUGCAAAUAAUAAUAAUAAUAAUGAUCAUAAUUAUUAUAGUAGUCCACAACAAAUGUUACGAACUGAACGUGUAUGUAAUAUAAAUUGUGGUGAUUUUCAUACAUUAUUUUUAACGAAUAAUUCUGAAUUAUAUUUUAUUGGUAAACAUUUAACGGGUUUUACAAAACAAUUAUUCCAAUUGAAAUAUGAUUUCAAUCAAGAAGAUCAACAACUGAAAUUAUUUUCAAGUGCUUGUCCGUAUUUGAGACUCCAAGAUGCCAUAAAUAGUUCUCAUAUAUCAAUAUAUAAAUCAUAUUUAAAGGAAUUAUGUAAUAUAAUUGUUGUAAAUGAAAAUGAAUUAAUAUUAAAGUAUCGUUUGAAUGAACGGCGUAUUGUACUAGAAUCACAAACGAUGCCAAUCUAUUUUAAAGAUAGUGGGCGAUUUCAAAAUCAUUGGUUUAUUUUAUUUAAUGAUUUAUUUAUUCAUGUUAUAAAUAAUAGUAUUGUACAUGAAUAUCAGUUGCAAACAAUAUGGUGCGAAUCGAUGUUAGACACUGAUCAACUGAAGAAUGCUGUAAAAUUAAUAAUGCCCGAGGAAACACUAUUGUUGUAUACAUUGUUACCACAAUAUAAAUAUCAAUGGUUGACAUCAAUACAAUCAAUGAUUCAAUUGAAUUUGAAUAAGAAUAAUAAUAAAUCAUUGACACGUAGAACAACAUCUUAUGUAUUUAAAAAACAUCCGAUUUAUAAAAACGCUAAAUAUACAGGUAAUUGGUUGAAUGGUCAAAUGCAUGGCUAUGGUACAUUACAAUGGUCCAACAACAGCGAUGAUCAAAAUAGUGGCAAAAUAUAUUGCGGUCAUUUUGAAAAGAAUCAGUUAAAUGGCUAUGGACGUAUUGAUGCACCAAAUAUUGGAAUAUAUGAAGGACAAUUAAAAGCAAAUUUACAAAAUGGUCAUGGUAUUAUGCAUUAUAUCAAUGGUGAUAUUUAUCAAGGACAAUUUAAAGACGGUCUUCCACAUGGCCAUGGUAUUCUGAAACAUGGAAAUUUUAUGUCAAAUUUAUCAUCAGCCUCGGUUUAUAUUGGUGAAUGGUUAUGUGGUACCAAACAUGGUUAUGGUGUUAUUGAUAACAUCUCUGAAGGACAAAAAUAUUUGGGUCAUUGGUCGGAUAAUAAAAAGAAUGAUCAUGGUGUUAUUGUGACAUUAGAUGGUAUUUAUUAUGAAGGUAUUUUCCAUCAAGAUCAUUUAAUGGGACAUGGUAUAAUGAUAUUUGAAGACGGUACCCAUUAUGAAGGUGAAUUUAAAUCUACUGGCAUUUUAAAUGGUAAAGGUGUAUUAACGUUAAACAAUGGUGAUCAAAUUGAAGGGACAUUUUUAAACGGCUCUUUUAAUAAUACAUCAAAUACAAGUAUUAAAAUAACAAAUGCAUAUGUUAAUCAAUUGUUAAUUAUUGAUCAAUUAGAUACUAUACCAUUAUUUGGUAGAGAGAAUUUAACUAAAGAGACAUUUAAUCAAGUCCGACAGUAUUUGCAAAAAGCAUUCGAUUGUAUAUAUCAUCCAUUAGGAAUAUUAUUAAUGGAUAUAACUACUGCAUAUACAGCCACAUAUGGAGGUGUUAUUGUGCAUCUACUGCUAUUAAAACAUGCUGUUGCUGAAUUACAUUCAAUUACAGAUCGUAUUUAUCAAGUGAUACGAUUAUUAUUUCCAGCAUUACCACCACUUGGCCGCGAACUGAUAUUUCAAGAUGACGAUCCUGAAAAUGAGGUUGUAAGUGCAACAGCAAUUUUACAUCCCAUAUUACUCCCACGUGUGCAUUCAGCAUUAUUUGUUUUAUAUACAUUGCAUCAUAAAAAAGAGGAUGAUGCAUAUUGGAAACGGUUACUAAAAUGGAACAAACAACCUGAUGCUACUUUAAUGGCAUUCCUAGGAAUUGAUCAAAAAUUUUGGUUAACUAAAUCUUCGAAACAUACAACAACGGUUAAAAAUGAAGAAUCAUCACCAAUGUAUAAUGAAAUAUAUCAAGAUGCUAUUGUUAAUUUACAACAAUUAAAAACAACAUUCUCACCCUUAGAAAAAUUAUUAGUAUUACGACAAACAUUCCAAAAAAUGAAUUCCAUUGUACAAGUAGAAUUAGGUGAAUCGUAUUCAUGGACAAUGGAUGAAUUAUUUCCUGUUUUUCAUUUUAUUGUUGUACGAGCACGUAUUUUACAGCUUGGUUCUGAAAUACAUUUUAUUGAAGAUUUUAUGGAACCAUAUUUACAAAAUGGUGAAUUGGGGAUUAUGUUUACAAUAUUAAAGGCCUGUUAUUACCAAAUACUACAAGAAAAAAUUAAUAUUUAA